AAUUCAUUGACACACUUGACAAGUACUUGACAGUGACAGCUGUCACACGUUGUCACCGGCUGCAGGUUUUUAACAAUUUAAACUAUUGUUUCUUCGAAUACGGGCACAUUUUACCAACAAAACCCAUUAAUUGAACAUAAAAAUGCCCACAGUUGGUGUAAAAAGGAACUUGCUGUUUCAAGCCCUCGGGAAAACCUUCACUGACGAUGAAUUCCAGCGUUUGUGCUUCGAGUUCGGGCUCGAACUUGACGAAGUCACCACAGAAAAACAGAUGAUUUCGAAAGAACAGGGGGAAGAUUCCGCAUUGCUUGCAGGUGCUUCUGAAGAUGUCAUCUACAGGAUUGACAUUCCAGCGAACCGUUAUGAUUUGCUGUGUCUUGAAGGUAUAACUUUGGGUAUUCGGAUUUUCCAAGAAAAAAUACAGCCCCCUCAGUUCAAAUGUAUCAAACCGCCACCCGAUCAAAUCCAAAAAAUGUAUGUUAAGCCUGACACUGCUAAAGUUAGACCUCACGUCGUGGCGGCUAUUUUGCGCAAUUUACAUUUUACGCAGGAUUCGUACAACAGUUUCAUUGAUUUGCAAGAGAAAUUGCAUCAGAAUAUUUGCCGGAAGCGCACCCUUGUUUCUAUUGGUACACAUGACUUAGAUACAGUUGAGGGGCCUUUUUACUAUGAUGCUAAGUCACCAAGUGACUUUAAAUUUGUACCACUGAAUCAAACUAAAGAGUGUGAUGGGAACGGCGUAAUGGAGUUAUAUUCAACGCAUGCACAACUGAAACAAUAUUUACCUAUUAUCAAGGACAGUCCUGUUUACCCUCUAGUCUUGGAUAGUAACGGCGUCAUUCUCUCCCUCCCCCCGAUUAUCAAUGGCGACCAUUCGAAAAUCACCCUUAAGACAAAAAACGUAUUAAUUGAGUGCACAGCAACUGACUUAACAAAGGCUCGUGUUGUCGUCGAUACCAUUGUUUGUAUGUUCAGUCAAUAUUGUAAAGAACCGUUCACUGCAGAAGCUGUUGAAGUUGUCACAGCUGAUGGUGAUUCAAUCAUCUACCCAGAUCUAGCAUAUAGAGAUGAGGUCAUAUCCGCUAAUACAGCGAACGCUAUUAUCGGCAUCAGGGAGUCCCCGGAAAGUAUUACUAAAUUGCUAAACAAAAUGUGUCUUAAGUCUGAACUCAACGCAGAAAACAUUAAAGUGACCAUUCCUCCCACGCGUCAUGACAUCAUUCACCCAUGUGACAUUUACGAAGACGUCGCUAUAGCAUUCGGAUACAACAAAAUCCCCAGAACUCUACCCAAAACCAACACCAUUGGAGAACAACAACCCGUGAACAAGCUCUCUGAUUUAUUAAGAGCGCCAAUAGCACAAGCCGGUUUUACAGAAGCCCUCACAUUUUCACUGUGUUCCCGUGACGACAUUUCCACGAAGUUGGGUCUUCAGUCCAUCAACGAAGUCCCCGCCGUGCACAUCUCUAACCCCAAAACCCUAGAAUUUCAAGUGUGUCGUACCACACUGUUACCAGGAAUCUUAAAAACCAUCGCCGCUAACAAAAAAAUGCCUUUGCCUUUGAAGAUUUUCGAGGUUUCGGAUGUGGUGAUCAAAGAUGCGACGGCUGAGGUGGGAGCGCGCAACGAGAGACGCAUUUGUGCUGUCAAUUGUAAUAAAAACGCAGGGUUUGAGGUUGUUCAUGGUCUUCUGGAUAAAAUUAUGAUGUUGUUGGAGGUGCCGUGGAACCCUAAUAAGACACCAAAGGGUUAUUAUUUGCAGGCGUGUGAAGAUCCAACGUAUUUUCCGGGAAGGUGUGCAACGAUUAUUUGUAAUGGGAAUGAUAUUGGGAAGAUUGGAGUCCUACAUCCCAAUGUUCUGCAUAAGUUUGAGCUCACGAAUCCGUGUUCGUCUGUGGAAAUUAAUAUUGAACCCUUUGUAUAAAUUGAGGUUAUUUAUAUGUUCAAAAUAAAGUGGUUAAGAUUGA